UGGCGACAAAGAGAAUAUUGGCGCUGGUUAUGAAGGUCGGGUGAGCUACAACCGGAGCACCUACUCACUGUGGCUCAAAAACCUCGUACCCACCGAUAGUGGAACCUAUAUUAUUUCAAUUGUCACCUCUAAUGCGGUUCAGAUGCCGGGACAGACUACACUCACUGUGCUCGACUCUGUUGGCCAGGUCCCCUGUUGCUAGUCUCCAUUCGUUUUCUCCAGUGACUUCCCCUUUUAACCACUAGCAUGGGUGAAAUGGAGAAAAUGAAAAAGGAGGCUGAGGCCCUCAAGACACAAAUCGAGACGGCACGCAAGGCAGCUCAUGACACAGACUUGGGUGCUGCUGCAUCUGGAGUGGCACCAGCACCCACCAUUCAGCUGAAGACAAGGAAGAAUUUGAAGGGUCACCUUGCCAAAAUCUAUGCCCUGCACUGGGCUACGGAUAGCAAGCUAAUGGUCAGUGCCUCACAGGAUGGCAAACUUCUAAUCUGGGAUACCCACACUGGAAACAAGAUCAAUGCAGUUCCCCUGAAGUCAUCAUGGGUCAUGACCUGUGGAUAUGCCCCCUCUGGUAACCUUGUGGCCAGUGGUGGUCUUGACAACAUGUGUACUGUCUACAACUUGAAGACUCCCAUCGUCAAGAUUGUGAAAGAACUGGAUGCGCAUUCAGGUUACCUGUCUUGUGCCCGCUUUCUUAGUGACAAUGAUAUCCUCACUUCAUCUGGUGAUACCACUUGUGCUCUGUGGGACAUAGAAUCUGGCAAGCAAAAGACUGUCUUUCUGAACCAUGUGGGUGACUGCAUGUGUCUGGCUUUGUCCUCUGACAUGAACACAUUUAUCUCUGGGGCCUGCGACUCCCUGGCCAAGCUGUGGGACAUCAGGGAUGGCAAAUGCAAGCAGACCUUCCAGGGCCACACCAGUGACGUCAAUGCCAUUUCAUUUUUCCACAAUGGUAAUGCAUUCGUGACUGGAUCAGACGACUGCUCCUGCAAGAUGUUCGACAUACGCUCUGACCAGGAGGUGUUUUGCUACCUGGAUGAACAGGCAAACAGUGGUGUGACAUCGCUGGCCCUGUCCAUGUCUGGUCGCCUUAUCUUUGCCGGCUAUGACGACUUCAACUGCAACAUCUGGGACACACUGAAAGGCGUGAAAGUCGGAGUGCUGGCGGGGCAUGACAACAGGGUGAGCUGCACCGGAGUACCACCAGAUGGCAUGUGUGUGUGCACUGGCUCAUGGGACAGCUUCCUGAAGAUUUGGAACUGAGCCGGUCCAGCCACAAUGAUAUAAAAGUGAAGAAACAGAAUAAAAGAGAAAGAGGGGAUAAAGGGUAAUGUUCUCUCAAAUAUAACAAAGUGCAGCACAUGAUGACAUCA